UCAAAUGAAUCGCUAAAAUUGAUGAAUAGCUUGGCUCCAUAUGUAAUGAAUGACCUUAUUACGGAGGGAACACGCUAUUGCAAUGACUAAAAACAUCCCAUUUGAUUCCUCGCGGAUUCUUAUUGUUAUUAGGUUUGUGACAUCAGCAACAAGCCGUCGUCGUAUCUUUUUUGGUAUAGGCCUACUCUCAAAUGGCAGGUUAAAAAUCACGUGGCUCGUACUCCGGAGAAUAUUGUCUGUUGUUGCUAUGGCAACCCCCGGGAUCAACUUCUUCCUGGCUCAGUAAUAAUAGCGGGCCUACUGCGCUGAUGCUGUAUAAGUGCUGCGCUAAUGUGACUCCUAGAGGAGGUUAUUGGAUGGGGAGAAGUCUUUCUGCGAAUAUUUGCUAGUGGAUUGGAAACAUACUUGGAAGAAUGCGCGUUGAACUCAUACAAAACGGUGAAAGAGUUGACCGCUCUAGCGACUCACAUGCAAGUCGAAGAGAAUGGCUUUUUCGCAAGCUGGAGUCACGGAUGGGGAAGGAUUGAUCUUUUGUCACGGGCAACAUGCAUCACAAUGUACAAACCGCCGCCGCAUUUUGUUCUCGUUCAAAUGAAAUGCAGACGUAGCAUGAGCCCAAGUAUGUAGUGUUUGUACUUGGUUGCAGAUGGCUGGAGAAAAGGGCAAGUUUGUGACUCGUCGGCGUUUGGCUUGCAUCCACCAACAUGAAAGCCUUCGCAUCCCCAGAAACGCGGUUGGAGACGUAAAAGGGAAGCCAGAGCCAGCGGACUGGGAGUGGAAGGCUACAGCACGGAAGGCUCACUAGUCAAUCUCGUGGAUAAAAGAGCAGCAUGCAGCAGCAGCUGAACUUCUUUCCUGAGCCUUGUCAUGUGGCAUCAAGCUUGAUGGCGUCCUACCCCAGUUCAGAGAGUUUCCAGAAGCAGAGCAAGGAGGGGGUCGAUGCGAAAAGUUGCUUGUCCACAAUGAAGCUGCGCUAAAAAGCGCUUCCAAAGUGUCCCGAGCGAGGCCACGUCACCCCGAGGAAUUUAUAUUUACCUCACCUUUUUCCAAACUGGUGAUUGGAAGAGAAGAUGAUGUCUGACGCCAGCGAGAUGUUGGCGGCUGCAUUGGAGCAAAUGGACGGGAUCAUCGCAGGCUCCAAGGCCAUGGACUACUCCAACGGGCUGUUCGGCUGCCAGUCGCCCACAUCGCCGUUGAUGGGCGGUCCGCGCCCGCUGCACCUGUUGGAGGACCUGCGGGCGGCUCUGGACCUCAUGGACAAUCAAGAGCGGGACAACCUGCGCUGCCAGAUCCCCGACUCCACCGCCGAGGGUCUGGCCGAGUGGCUGCAGGGACGAAUGACAAAUGGCCACAGCUCAGAGGCCGUCUACCAAGAGCGGCUCACCCGACUGGAGAGUGACAAAGAGUGUCUCAUCCUUCAGGUCAGCGUCCUCACAGACCAGGUGGAGGUGCAAGGGGAGAAGAUCCGGGACCUGGACAACUGCCUGGAGCGCCACCGCGAGAAGCUCUGCGCCACUGAGGAGCUGCUGCAAAAGGAACUGCUGACCCGCUCGGCACUGGAGACCCAGAAGCUGGAACUGAUGACGGAGGUGUCGGGUCUGAAACUGAAGCUGAGCGCAGCGGAGAGAGAUCAAAGGGAUCAUGACGUGGACUCGUACCAGGAAAUUAGCCAGUUGCGUUUGCCUGUGGCCGACAUCGAGAGUGAGCAUCUGCAGUGUGACGGGAAAAUCAGAGCUUGCAAAGAAGAACUGCGGUUGCUGCAGCGGGAGUUGGAGGAGCGAGAGGCAGAACUGAGGAGCUUGAAGGACGAGAGCAGACCGAGGGCAACGGCGGGGCGAGACAGAGAUGCCGAAAUGUCCGAGAUGAAGACGCUGUUGGACUCGCUCGUGUCGGCCAACGAUGAGAAGGAGCAAAGGAUCAAAGAGUUGGAAAGUGCGCAAGUUCUGGAGAAAAUCAAAGAGAGGCCAAAAGAAGACGACGACGACGACAUCGUCGCUGAUCGCUCGCUUCCUGCCGUGGCCGAGGUCAGGCUGAAGGCGGAGGCUGAGACGGGAAGGAUCUCGGCGGAGUCUCGUCCCAGCGGCUCCGUGCCGGGUGAGAUGAAGGAAGCGGACCGAGAGCGACCGCUGCGGGAGUCCAAAAGAUCGCUGGCGGUGUCUCCAAGCAACACCAAUGAGCAGGCAAAAGGCAAGUGCCAAACAUUGGGCGGCGAAGACACUUUGGGCGCCAAGCGGCUCCGUGCUUCCUUUGGUCGAGGACUCCUCAAAAUGCGAGGAGGCAAACGUGCCAGCAGCACACCAAACCUCGCCGAGACCGAGCGCAAAGUGCCGGAGCAAUUUGACUUGGCCUGCUCUGCUCUGCCCUCGCCGCCUGAGAGCAAGAAGAAGUCCAAAGGCUUGAUGAAGUUCUUUGGCAGGCUGAAAAGGAGCCACUCCGCCUCCUUGAACCCGGACGACGAGGCUCAGUUCCAGCGCGGGGGUGUCCGGGCCACGGCGGGGCCACGGCUGUGCCGGUCGGGAGCUCCCGCGGACGCCGCCGACGUUCCCUUCUCGCGCUGGACCCGAGAGGACGUGUGCCAGUGGCUCCACGAACAAGGCCUGGGCUUGUAUGCCGCACCGGCCCGCACCUGGGUCCAGUCGGGACAGAGCCUGCUGCAGGCCUCACAGCACCGCCUGGAGAAGGAGCUGGGCAUGAAGCACCCUCUGCACAGGAAGAAGCUCCAGCUGGCCCUUCAGGCUCUCCGCUCGCCCGACGACCUCCUCAAAGGCAAACUGGACCACAACUGGGUGACUCGCUGGCUGGACGACGUGGGCCUGCCGCAGUACAAGAGUCACUUUGACGAGGCCAGAGUGGACGCGUGCAUGCUCCACUACAUGACCGUGGAGGAUCUCCUGUCCCUGAAGGUAGGCAGCGUGCUGCACCACCUCAGCAUCAAGCGAGCCGUGCAGGUCCUGCGCCUCAACUCCUUCCGGGCCGACUGUCUGCACCGCCGGCCCGCUGAUGAGAAGUGCACGCAACCGGCCGACGUGAUCCAGUGGAGCAACCACCGGGUGAUGGAGUGGCUGCGCUCAGUGGACUUGGCCGAGUAUGCGCCCAACCUGCGAGGCAGCGGCGUGCACGGGGGUCUCAUGGUUCUGGAGCCUCGCUUCACGGUGGAUGCGCUGGCUCUGCUUCUCAACAUCCCGCCGGGAAAAACGCUGCUACGGCGCCACCUGGCGACGCACUUCCACCUGCUGGUGGGAGCCGACGCUCAGAGGCUCAAGCAGGAGUGUCUGGAAAACCCGGACUACGUCGUGCUUACCGCCGCCGCCAAGGUCAAGCCGAGACAUCUGUCGUUCGGCAGCUUCGGAUCGCUCCGGAAGAAACGUCACGAUGAUGGCAGCGAGUAUGUGUGCCCCAUGGACGUGGGCGGGGGGCUCUGCCAGGACCCAGAGGACCACCUGGAGCAGCGAGAACAGAUGGGUGACUCCGAGGGCGCCGUGAGACAGAUCGGAGCCUUUUGCGAGGGAAUCAAUAAUCUGACGAGCAUGGUGGAGGAUGAGGAAGUUUUCGGGGAGGUCUCUGCAAGCCCGUGAGAAGGCGACCAAUCCCAUUAAGAUGACACAAGACUCGACAAGUCACGCUACAUUUUGUGGGUGUGGGUGUGAGACUGUUUGCAUGUUAGCUCGACAAGAAAAGAAUUUGUUUUGGGACAAGACUUCAUUGCUUCUCUUUUUAGCAUUAAACAAAUGGGGGG